AGGAUAGGGGAUUAUUUUGGUUUAGAUAUCCUGAUGGAAGGAGACACAACGAAGGGUAACUCGAAAUUGUUGCGCUACAAUAUGGAAUAAAUCUAGAGUUAUUUCUCUUUCAACAUGGUAACGAUGAAAGUCGAACUAUAUUAUUAAAUUAGAUAUUAGUCUUUGAAUAAUAAAAUGUUUUUGUUCCACUUAAAUUAUUUACUACAAACUCCCUGCCAUUUGUUAUAAUUUUCCGUAGAAACGACACACUCUAUUAUCUCCCGUGGGUUUGGGGGGGGGGGGGGGGUGUUUCUUUUGUUUGCUGAACAUUGUUUGUUUUCUUUCAUGGGAACUGUCGUUUUAAAUAUAUAUAUAUACAUAUAUUGUUUUAUGUAUCAAAAACAUUGUGCGACUUCGUAAACAAUAUCAAUAUUUCCGUUAAUCUGUUAAAUUCGCUGUAUAUUUCCAAAAAUGAAAAUGUAACGAAAAUAUGCAGCUUUUCAUAAAAAUUUCGAAAAUCCAGGAAGUCUUAAUAUUCAUGACGUCAUAUCUAAUAACCAGCAUUCAAUUAAAGUGUAACUUAUCAGAAUAAUGUACAUACACUUUUCAUAGAGUUAGGCAUACUAGUAUAGAGCCCUUCAUACCAAAGAUAAAAAAAAUCCAAACGCGGUAAAAAAUUUAUUGAAUAAACGCUAAAAUUUCGACAUUAUAAUAUCCUAUGUCUGCUCAUUUAGGCCUACAUGAAUUAAUUUUUAAUUAAGUUUAUUUUGUGCUUUUUAAAAUUACAUGUAUCAUUAUUUUAAUCAUUUUCAUACGAAAUAGUUUGGUUACAUGAAAUAGUUGGGUAACACUUUGCCAUAAUCAACUUUUUACUGAAUUUGAUGAGCCUUUUUAAAUAUAAUUAAAGCGUUUCAAACGAAACAAUGAUUUAAAAUCUAGGAACAUUAAAUGCUGUUCAUGUUCAAAACUCUUUCCUUCAUUAAAAUCCAAGUAGAAUAAAAUAUCAUUUUAACAUGUACUCUGGUUUUUAAUUCCAUUAGACAAUCAUUACUAGGGUACUAUUACAUAAUAGUUCCUCUUGUUUAAUUAACUCUUUCAUUUUCACACUGGCUCUACCCUCCUAAUUUGACUGUGCCGUAGUGUUUUUGCCAAAUUGAAUUCGACAAUCUGAAAAUCAUGCAAUUUAAAGUUUUGGCUUGACUUUCAGAAUCUGCCUCCAGAGAAAAUGAACAAGACAUGAGCGGUCUUAAUGAAGUACCACCCUACUUCUACCGUGCUUCCGUUCAUUAUCCAAUAUAAGUGUGGAAAUAAUUAUGCACCUCUGUGACAUUAAUUCGUUAACACAUACUAACUAUGAAAUACAGUAUUUAAACUUUUAUUCGAAGCAUUAUCUGCUACGAAUAAAUCUGCAGGAAACCCCAAAUGUCACCCACAAAGAAGACUGGCUCCUUGCCGUGUUAGCAGGAAAAAGCUCUUAUAAUGCGAUUAAGCCACAUCCUGGGUAAAUACUAAAGCAUCUAUAUAUAUACACGUGUAUGUAUCAGAUUGGGAAGAACGAAUAAUGUAAAAAUACUCAUUUAUUUCCCUGAACCCUUGUGGUAUCAUAGAUAGUGUAAACAUUAAAAUUUGUGACUCUCGUUCAUUAGUCAAGAAUGAGGACGAAUCCCCACUUCUGUAUCCUUUUCGGGGAAAAGUGUGGAUUUUGUUUCAUCGAUUUUUUAUCUGUAGAAUUUCGUCGGGUUGUAAACGGCGAAACUACCCAUCGCGUGAGCCGUCUGAAGAUUCCGACACAAGUCAAUAACUAUCGCAUCACAUAGGGGUUUAGUGCGAAGUUAGUUGUCAUGGAAACAGAUUUUAGUAAAAAUGUAAUAAAGGGGUAUGUGUUAGGAGAGCUAAGACGUGAUAGAUCUAUAAAGCAAUUAUAGCACGUAUGAUGACAGCAUGAAAUUUUCAAUCAUUGCACGAAUACCAACAUUCAUUCUAAUAUAACAAGCAAUAUCGCAAUUUCCUAGAAAACUCUGUACAGUACAUGGUUGUGUAAUAUAUAAUAAUUAUAUUUUGGCAUUCAUAAUUGGUAAAAUACAUAGAUCUAUAUUCUUUGGAAAAAACAUGAAAUAUUUUCAAAAAAUAUAUAUAUAUAUUCAAAUUGAAUCAGAGUUUGUUCCAAAAAGUUUUUAUACUCCGAACCCGCAUCCUCUAGUGAGCCUCAUCUGUAUACCCUAGCUCGUACUCAGUGUGGUUGUGUUAUCACCGACAAGCAGCCAACAUCAAUUUUGAACACAUCCACUUCCCAUCGACAGGGUGCGUUAUAUUGUAUUACACGAUCGCUUUAAAUUCACAUCAUUACAGAGGUUGAAAGUGAGAUUAUUUCAAUUUGGAUUGUUAAACUUUAUAAAUACCACGAUACGUUUAACGAGAUAUAGACUUUUAAAGCUUUACCAAAAAAAAAAAAAUGAUGAAAAAAUAUAUUUAAACGUACGUAUCAACUAUGUUUGCUUUAUCCAAAAAAAAAAAAUAAUAAUAAAAUACUCAAAAGAGCUUAAAUCUGGGUAAUAAUUUGGAAAACCAUAACAUUUUGAUCUAAAUAUAUCAUAUUGUCUGUUCAAUCAAAAGUAACCCAAGAGCGAAAUAAAUUCCAUCACAAGUUUAAAUGAAAACACAUUACUUCUUUCUAUUUCUACUUUCUGUUUUACCUUUAAAAAUCCCUAUUCAUGAAUCGAAGGUACUUGUAAUGGGUUGUGUCAUUUUACCGCGCACCUUGAUCUACCUAUGCGAUAAGGAAAUACACGGCAUAUAUCCCUGUCAACACAUCUAUUUACAAUUACACCUCUAGCAAUCCAAUUUUCAAAUGUUAUCAACUAUUUACCCAUUAAUCAUAUAUCAUUUAAUUUAAAAAUUACCCCUGAUUUAUUGGGUAUGCCUCUCACCCAACCCGCGCUAAGUCACGUGACGGAAAUGAAGUACACAGAAGAUUAAACGAAAACAUGGCAGCACCCGAGACAGACGUGCCGAACUUACUCGGCGAAAAAUCGACACCCGCUAAGCUGGAGGAAAUGUCUAAAGAGGCAAGUCCAUCUUCCACCUCCUCACACUUGGAUGGUGAAAACUUGGCCGAGAAAUGUACAGAACUCCUCCAGGGACCCGAAACGGGCAGCUCCCAGUCCACCACCCCAAAUCUACUCACAACCAAGCUCCUCCCAGAUCCCAGCAUUAUGCCAGAAGAGAGAAAGCCCAUUAUCAAAGGAAACCUCACAGAGAAACUUCUUCCAGAUCAAUGUGUACUUCCGGAGGAACCACGCCCCCCUUGGAAAGGGACACUGGUUCAGUGUUCCAAACUUUGGUCAUACCUUUCUGGAAUCUCAACCUUUGAGAGGGCCAAUAUGUUGAGGAAAGGGAGGGAGGUGCAUAAAAUUUAUGUGGAGGUUAUCAAAGGAAAAACAUUUCUGGAUGACCAGUUUUCCUACACCGAGUUUGGUCGUAUGGUGCUGCAGAAUGGGACCAUCAGGGCGGGGCGGGCUAAAAAUGCCAAACAGAUUGUGGUAGCCCGGGAGACAUUGUACUGCAGUGGGUCUGGGGCGUGUAAGCGAGCCUGCGGUGGAUACGGAGAGUGUGUUGCAGGUUGUGAAAAGACCAAAAUGAGAGGGCACAAGUGCAGCUACAGAGUAAAGCUCACCAUGCGCUUAGGAUACGUCAACCAUUGGUUCGUGGAGGUCCUGGGAGACCACGAUCAGUUUGGAUCCCUCAAUGACUCUGUCCCCACCCCUUCAAGGUUAUCUCCCAGUUGUCAUAAAGUUGAGGAUGCUGGUAGUUCCCCUAGUCCUAGUAAUGAUCUCAACAUGAUGCAUACCAAACCCUCUUCUCCAAACACACCACACCAUUUAAAUGGUCCUGAGUCCUAUGUGACCAUGGUGCCCAAAGUCACACUUGCCAUGUCUACAACCUUGCCGAACUCUUUUCACAGUGCUUUGCCAAAUGCCAUUUUUACAGCCCCAUCGAUGAAUUUGCCAGUAAACUUGCCAGUACUCAGCCAACAGACCAUUAUACCUAGCCCAAACUUGCCAUUGUUCAUGACUGCAGGGACAAAUAUUCAGAGCCAGGAUUCCUCUUACAUGGGGAUGGUGAUGCAGGAUUUCAGCCAUCAGGAUGUUCCACUUCCAUUGGUGAAAAUGAAGAGGGAACCCAUAGACAAUGGGUACCAUUCUAAACUUAAUCCCAUGGACUCCUUGGAGUCGAACACUAGUGACAACUUUCAUUUAAACACACCAAAGAUGUCUAAUUCAAGCAGAGCCAAAGCUAGAAAGAAAUUUACUCCUUACCAGGUGAUAAACACCACACAUAAAGAGAACCAAACCAAACAAGAUGUUGCAGACUCUACCACACUGUGUAACAGUGACCAACAGAGAAAUGGAAACCAAAGAGGUACACCGGAAACCAAUGUCAGGCGAGAACUGAGAGACUUAGUGGCCAAACGAGAGCUCGACAGGUGCUUGGGAGUUCAGUCAAACCAAAAAGAAGAAGAAAUCAGUGACAGUUUGCGGCAACUGAUAUCUGAGGGAGAAAUAGAGAAUGGAUACACAUACAUUUGGGACGAUGAACUGACAACGGAAAACGGAAAGGCAGAUAAGGUAGAGGGCAGCACUGAGGCCCAGGAUUUGAUGACGAGAGUGCGUCAGCUGGAGUCUCAUGUAAAACAGCUAAGAAAUGUUGUGCUCAAAGGCCAGGGUGACGGGCAGGUCAAGAAAAAGGCAAAGGGCAGAGAGUUUGACUUCAGGAAGUACAACACUCGACAUAUUGCCCUGAAGAUCUUGUACCUCGGCUGGGACUAUCAUGGCUUUGCUGUACAGGAGGACACAGAAAAAACCAUUGAGACAGCACUGUUUGAUGCUCUUCUCAAAACCAAGCUCAUCGAGUCCAGGGAGACCUCCCACUACCACCGCUGUGGACGGACCGAUAAAGGUGUCAGUGCUUUUGGGCAGGUCAUCUCCAUUGAUGUUCGUACAAAUCUUCUAGAAGGGACUGGGGUUAGAAUUAGGGAAGGUGGCACUGCACAUGAACGUCCAGGAGAUAAAACGACAGAGCUGCGCUUCUGUUACAUCCUGAAUAAAGUUCUUCCUCCAGAAAUUCGAUGCCUGGCAUGGGCGCCAGUUGAUCCCAACUUUAGUGCUAGAUUUGACUGCAAGAAGAGAACAUACAAGUAUUUCUUUCCAAAAGGAAGUUUGAAUUUACAGGUGAUGCAAGAGGCUGUGGACAAGCUGAUUGGAGAGCACGAUUACAGGAAUUUCUGUAAAAUGGAUGUCGGAAAUGGGGUUGUAAAUUACACAAGGAAAAUUGUGUCUGCUGAAAUAUCAACUGCAGAUGAAGCAGAGGAAGGUUACCAGAUGUGUGAGCUGACCAUUGUGGGGCUGGCAUUUCUGUGGCAUCAGAUUCGCUGUAUUGUAGCUAUGUUAUUCAUGAUUGGGCAGGGAAAGGAGAAACCGGAGAUCAUUGACGAGUUACUGGAUGUUGAAAAGAACCCGAGAAAGCCCCAAUACACAAUGGCAUCAGAACUUCCUCUGAAUUUGUUUGAUGCUGAGUUUGCAGCAGAUGUAGAAUGGAUAUAUGAAGCAGAUUGGCAUGAAGAGAACAUUAAACACCUGCAGCAAGUGUGGGCACAGCAUACAAUCAGGGCAUCAAUGAUUAAGAAGAUGUUGGAGGAAAUGGACAAGGCAAAAGUGGAAACAGAUAGUGACAUUGCUCCUUGGGCUGACUUGAGUGGCCCUGUCUGUAGCCAGGCUGAUUGGGUCACACCUACGAAAGGCAAAGUCCACAAACCUCUCCUAGAAAGACAAUUGUGUGACAGCUUAGAAGACAGGAUGGAGCAUUAUGCUAAAAGGAGGAAAAUAUCUUCAGUUGCCAGCACUGAGGAGACUUGAUGGGGGCUGAUGUUCAGUGACUGAACUUCUAAUUCAGAUGAAUCUACUUUCUCUGACAACAGUGUGUUCAAGCGAACCUUGUUGGUAAAGAGAUGUAUUCCAAGAGAUGUAAUUAUCGAUAGACAGGACAGGGCACAGUAAUUCUUUUUUAUAUGUGGAGUGCGAGUAGAUAUGGAAAGAUGUGUAGCAUAAAUUGUUAUAUUUUGUUGUUAUUUAAGCUGUUUUGUUGAUAAGUAAGAAUUUCCCUCUUGAUAUUCAUAGGGAGCUGGUUUUAAGUGACAUUGUAAUUUUACUCUGUGAAAAUUUUGUGUUGCCAAACGAUUUAGAUUUAUAAGCGAAGGCUUUCAUUUACAUGUAGUUGUUAUUUUUUUAUGAUUUUAUAGAUGAUUUGGAGUCUUUGCAUUUGUCAAGUUUUAUCUCUAAUUGUAAAAACCAACACAUACUUAUGUAUUUAUGUGUUCAUGAUAACCAGUGGCCAAGAACUAGAAGAAGCAUUUCAUGGAAGAGAAAGUGUCCAGCGAUAUACUUCACCAGAGGCUUGGACAGAGGCUGUAUAUGUUGCUUUAGUUUGUUAUUACAAUUAUUUGUUUAGAAUAAUUUCAUGACAAAGUCUUCUUUAUACACACAUUUGAAAACUUAUUUUUAAGGAAUGGUGUGCCAUAUUCUUUCUGUGUCUUUUUUUUUUUUUUUUUUUUUUUUGGUGGUAUAAGCGGUGUAUUGUGCUAAUUUUAGCCGACAGUGUCAAUGAUUUGUUUAUGUUCCUGAGUGAAUUUAUAUAAUGCAAUACCAUAUUGCUGCCACAGAAUCUCUAGUCAGUGGAUUUUGUCUCCUAAAUACAUAAGGUUGCACUUCAAAUGAUUUAUCGCCAGUUCUCAUGUUAUCAUUAUUUAGAUGGUAGUUGUUAAUUAUCAGUCUUACGAUAUAUUAGUAACAAUGUUGUUGGAUAGUAAUUUUUUAUUUAAGAAUUUAGAAUAGCUAUUGUUAUUUUUUAUUGAGUUAAAAACAUGACUUUUUUUUGUGUAUGUUAAAUACUCUAUCAGCAAGAGGAUUUGGAUGAACUUUUAAAAAUACUAUUUAAAAAAAAUCACUCAAGAGUAAGAAAUUGGUAUUAUCUUAGAUUAAGGACUCAUGGCAAUAACAAUAUUCUCAAUCUUUUAAAUUGUUAUUAUAUGUAGUCAAGUGCAUAAGUUUACAGACUUGAGCUUUUGCUGUUGGUGGACAGGAAUACUCAUAUUCACUCAAGGUGCAUAUUAUCUAUAGUUUAUAUAUAUAUAUACAGUUUAUAUAACAAUGUUAUUCUGUGUUAUAAGGUUACAGUAAUGAAAGAGCUUCCAUGUCAUCUUGUUGUUUGUGAAUGUUACACCAUAAUGCUUAUAUUCGGUACGACUGAUCUUGAUUGACCUCUUUCCAUGAAAGAAAAUCGAUUUAUUGGAUGAUCUGACAUUUUUAAAGCAAUAAAUCAGACAUUGUGCACUAUUUCAACCCAUUUUCGAAGAACUGUAAUCUUAAAAUUUUUAGCGAGGAAAAGUCGCAGUACUUAAAAGCGCUUAUGAUACCAACUUGAAUUGACAAAUGAAAUUUUUAUGUACUAGUAUUGUAAAGUUCAUGCCUUUCUUUUAUAGAACAUAUUUAGUAGAAUGUGUUGUUAUGGCAACUUUUUUUUUAGAAUUAGAUAAUUGUGCCAAAUAUUGUGUCUGUUGAUGUAUGUAUUGUGUGUUUAUAUACAUCUUGUAUUGAGUGUUCUAGUCGAGGUUCUGGGUUUUUUUCUGUUUUCUUGAUUGGAAUAUAUAAAAUAAUAAUCUAUAUUAUGUCUAUGUAUAAUGCUGCUAGUCUUUAAAACCACACACACUUAAUGUGGCAGAAGAUGGGAACUUUCAUAAAAAAAAUUCUGAUAUUUAAGAAAAUAUCACAUUACUACUUUUUUGUUGUUGUAAUUUUCGAAACCAAAGUAUACUUUUAUAGCAGAUGUAGUUUGAAUUUGAAUUGUUUUGUUUGAUGCAGUUAAGUGAAUUUAAAAUGGUACUUCUAGCAAGUGUUUUUCACAUUUAAUGAAUUAACCAAAGUUCAAUAAUUUUUGCACGUACAAGAUGGCUUUAAUGGUUUAUACUUUAAAAAUGUUUAUGAAGUUAUGGAAAAUCUAUAAUGAGAUUAUUUGAACAUUUAGUGCAUUUGUCAGGGUAUACAUAUUGUUCAAACAAGAUUGACUUUGCCAUUGUGAAAUACUUACCCCAUGAUUCAAUAUGAAUAAUUCAGAUAGUCAUGCAUGUACUGGCUGUACUUAUCAUCACUAUAAAUUAAUAACUUUACCCAGUGGUUUUCUUUGAAAUGGUGCAUAUAUUGAUUGAUGUCCAGUGAGCUUCCCUUUGGAAUCAUCUAAUAUAAGAAGGCUUCCAUAUUAGACAUUCACUUACAGCUGUUAUUGCCAGACUUUUUUGAAACUCGUUUUUUAAUUGAAUAUAUUGAUGUACAUUGUUGAUAUAUUCAAUGGAAUAAAGUCAAGAUCUUGUAAA